AUGACUUCAACAGUUAAUAUUAAAUCAACGGAUAAAGUAUGGUAUAUCACUGGUUCAUCGAAAGGUAUGGGUUUGAUUUUCGUUCAACGAUUGUUGGCCUAUGGAUUCAAGGUUGUUGGAACAUCGAGAGAUAAACAACAAUUGAUUGAUGCCGUCGGUUCUGUUGGUAAUGCCAAUAAUUUCUUGGCCAUCAAAGUUGAAUUGACCAAUGAGGAGAGUAUCAAAGCUUCGUUCGAGGAGGCACUUUCAAAGUUUGGAAGAAUCGAUGUCGUUGUCAAUAAUGCCGGUUUCGGAUUACCAGGUGCCGUCGAAGAGAAUUCCGAUGAAGAAGUCCGUAAGACCUUUGAUAUCAACGUAUUCGCUGUAUUCAAUGUACUCAGAAAUGUAACACCAAUCCUCAGAAACCAGGGUUAUGGACAUGUUUUCAAUAUUUCCUCGACUAUCAGUCUAGUUGGCUUCGAAGGUUUCGCAUUGUAUUGUGCUACCAAGUUUGCUAUUGAUGGUCUCACUGAAGCAUAUGCAAUGGAGGUCAAACCAUUUGGAAUCAAAGCAAUGACAAUCAAUCCAGCAUACUUCAAGACUGAUUUCCUAACUGCCGACUCCUUCCAGACCUCAGCCAAAAAGAUUCCAGCCUAUGAAGGACUUCAUAAAGUUGAGGAGGCAAUGAGAACUCAUAUGAAUGGCACUCAAAGAGGUGAUCCAGUUAAGUUGUUAGAUGUAAUUCUUAGAGCUUUCCAAGAGACCGACGAUUCAACCGACCAUCUCUUUGUUGGUGCCGAUGCAUAUCCAAUGAUCAGAACAAAACUUGAUAAAUAUAAAAAAGACCUUGAUAAAUGGGAACAAUUCGCAACUAAAACCGAUCGUGAUGAUUUUGUAGAUCCAUCAUCCAUUGUUGUUCAAACUUCAAAUUAA